UUCGUUCUGAGUGGGUACAAAUGGCUUUAUGUCGUGUUUCCCACACUUUUCUCCACAGGUGGUUCAGCUAACCUUACCUGCAGAGCCUUCUUUGGGUACAGUGGAGACGUCAGUCCUUUAAUUUACUGGAUGAAAGGAGAGAAAUUUAUUGAAGAUCUGGAUGAAAAUAGAGUUUGGGAAAGUGACAUUAGAAUCCUUAAGGAACAUCUUGGAGAACAGGAAGUUUCUAUCUCAUUAAUUGUUGACUCUGUGGAAGAAGGUGACCUGGGGAAUUAUUCUUGUUAUGUUGAAAAUGGGAAUGGACGUCGGCAUGCCAGUGUUCUCCUUCAUAAACGAGAGUUGAUGUACACUGUUGAACUUGCUGGAGGGCUUGGCGCUAUUCUCUUGCUGCUCGUCUGCUCGGUGACCAUAUAUAAAUGUUACAAGAUAGAAAUCAUGCUCUUCUACAGGAAUCAUUUUGGAGCUGAGGAACUGGAUGGAGAUAACAAAGAUUAUGAUGCCUAUCUGUCAUAUACCAAAGUGGAUCCUGACCAGUGGAAUCAAGAGACUGGGGAAGAAGAACGUUUUGCCCUUGAAAUCCUCCCUGAUAUGCUUGAAAAGCAUUAUGGAUAUAAGUUGUUUAUACCAGAUAGAGAUUUGAUCCCAACUGGAACAUACAUUGAAAAUGUAAGCGAUCGUGGAUUAAGCGUGAUGCUGUCAUGACCCCAAAUUAUGAACCAAGGGCUGGGCAUCUUUGAGCUGGAAACGCAGACUUGAAACAUGCUUGUGACUGGAGAAAUCAAAGUGAUACUGAUCGAAUGCAGCGAACUCCGAGGAAUUAUGAACUACCAGGAGGUGGAGGCCCUCAAGCAUACCAUCAAGCUCCUGACCGUUAUUAAAUGGCAUGGACCAAAAUGCAACAAGUUGAACUCGAAGUUCUGGAAGCGUUUACAGUACGAAAUGCCUUUUAAGAGGAUAGAACCCAUUACACAUGAGCAGGCUUUAGAUGUUAGUGAGCAGGGGCCUUUUGGGGAGCUGCAGACUGUCACCGCCAUUUCAAUGGCUGCUGCCACCUCCACAGCUCUAGCCACUGCCCAUCCAGAUCUCCGUUCUACCUUUCACAACACCUACCAUUCACAAAUGCGUCAGAAACACUACUAUCGAAGCUAUGAGUACGACGUACCUCCUACGGGCACCCUGCCACUUACCUCCAUAGGAAAUCAGCAUACCUACUGUAACAUCCCUAUGACACUCAUCAAUGGGCAGCGGCCACAGACAAAGUCAAGCAGGGAGCCGAAUCCAGAUGAAGCCCACACAAACAGUGCCAUCCUGCCGUUGUUGCCAAGGGAAACCAGUAUAUCCAGUGUGAUUUGGUAACAGAAAAGCAAAGGACAUCCCGUUCCUGGGAGUUUGAAAGGAAUCUGCAGUCCAGUGCCUGGAACUCAAUCCUCGACUGCUGCUGUUAAAAACAUGCAUUACAAUCUCUAGAACACGAGGAAAAACAGGGUCUUGUACAUAUAUUUUUUGGAAUUUCUUUGUAGCAUCAGUGUUUUCCUGUUUUACCAUGUCUCUUACCAUUACAUCUUUUUGACUUUGUUUUGUAUGUCAUUGGAUUUGUAAAUUUACAUUUUUUUUAAAGAAGAGACUGAUGUAUAGAUAGAAACUCCCUCCCUUUUUUCCUUCACUAAUUUAGUUAUAGAAUGAGUUUUUAAUUUUCUUUUAAAAUUUUAUUUUGCUUUUAACAUUUCCUUGGGGUGCUUGGACAAAUCUAUCUGAUGGGACAAGGAGCACCGGAUCCUCUCUCAGGUUCUUCCUAGGACCAGCUUGGCCAUAUGGGCCUUCAGAAAGCAGUGCGACUGAACGCCAGCCUUGCAUUGCCGUUUGGGAACAAAAGAGAGAGAGAAAGAGAGAAGAAGAUCUGUUCAUAGGAGGGCCCUGCCAGUCAGAGCCCUGAAAUCUCUUCCUUGUCCCCACCUCAUUCCCCACCUCUACCCUUCUAAUGGCAGCAUGAUGUGUAAACUCUGCAGGGGGUAGGGGUAGGUCUAACUGUCUUAACAUUUAAUUCACUGCUCUUCAGAAUACACUCUAGACCCAAAGUUGUGCUAGUCAUUCAACAGUGACCACUACAGAGUGCUCACGACAGAGUGAAGAUCAAGGGCAUGAAAAUGGGGAGAGUGUUGUUUCCGUUUUUAAAAAUGAGUUGAUGUACCCUUAUAUAUAUAUAAAUAUAAAUAUAAAUAUAUAUAUAAAACAGCAAAACAAAACAAAACAAAGAAAAAAACACACAAAAAUACAAAACUGAAAAAAAAAAGCCCUAUAUUUGAUCACUUCCUGGAAAGGCAUGAAUGUGUUUGUGGCUGUUUUUGUUUGAUAAUCUACUUCCUCUUUUCCCUCUAUAAUUAAUUUUUCUGCAAAUGAGAUUAUGUGCAAAUACCAGGCAAGCUAACUCAGAUAGGUGAAUCAAGGCAAGUAAAAACGAAAUUUACAUUGAAAGCUUCCAAACCAAAGGGAAGAACAGGAUGUGUCAUCAAAUAUGUUUUGUUACCUUGUAUUAUACAAAAUGUUAUCUUCUAAAGAGUCAGAAAAAAAAUCUGUGAAACUUAUUGUGGGGUCCCCUUGUACUUAAAUGUUAACUGACUUGUAUUUACUUUUCAAUGCUACAUUCAGAACUUAAGUGGUUUCAGUUUAUGAACAUAAGCAGCAUUUAUUAAUAUCAAAGUUGUUUAAAUAAUAUCUCAGGAGGUCAAAUGUAUGAAUAACAACACAAACUACUACUUUCAAAAUAAACAUUAUUUACACAAAAUAGUUUUAAAUUAGAUCAGAAAAUACUUAAAAUACUUAAUUUUUGUAUAGAAAUUAAUUUAAUUUUAACUAUAUGAUUCUAUCUUUCAGAAACAGAAAGUUGAUGCUCCCAGGAAAUUUGUCACUUACUAUCUAGCUUUAUGUUGGAAAUCACAUAAGCAGCUAAUUCCUUGUCAUGUUAACUAUGAUGCUCAAUCAAUCACGAAAGAUCCUGCAAAAGGCAGAAUUGUUAAAAGGACAAUGUUACCUAUGUAGCUUUUAGUUUUCUUUAAAAAAAAAAUCGACGUGACAAAAACCAUUGAUAAUAGACCUUAAGCUUUAUAGAUCUUACUUUAGUGAUUCAUCAUGGGAAAUUCCUGCUCAGUCAUCAUCUGUGGGUUCAUGUAGUGACUACUCUGUCUUUGCUUAAUUCCUGCCACACCAUACAGUGAGAAAAUAAUUCUAGAGUUUGGGGCACAAGGCUAAGGUGUGAGUGGGCCACAUAGACAUAAAAGUAUAAAUCACAAUAGAGUUCACUGGGGAAAACAAGCUAGAACUGUGAAUGCAGGUGAAACAAGUACAAACAUUUUGUAACAAUGCAAAGGUCUCAGUGUCUGUGUGACAAGGCAAAGGAGCCUUGGGAUGUGCAUUGAUUUUUAUUUGCUUAAAAAAUGUUGACUUCCCCGA